AUGGGUUUCUUCUUCCGAGUCUUAAACACUCUGUCUUCUUCGUCGCCGUCAAUACUCUCUUUUGUCAGACACAAACAUUAUUCAAUCACUGCCAAAACCACCCACUUCCUUCGUCUGCUAAACCUCUGCAAAACCAGCAAGGACUUGAAGCCUCUCAAGUCCUUUAUCAUAGUUCAUGGACUUGUUAACGACGUGUUUCCAAUAGAGCAAUUUGUUAGGUCCUGUUUUCAUCUGGGUGCUUCACAUUUAGCUCUCUCUUUGUUCCAACAAAUCCAAAAGCCAAGCCUUGGCUUGCAGAACCUGAUAAUCAGGUGCCUUUGCAAUGAUGGCUUAUACCAAGACCUCUUAUAUGUCUAUCUAAAUUCCAGGGCUUUAGGCUGCACUUCUGAUGAUUUCACGUUUCCAUUUGUAAUUAAAGCGUGUGCAGCUCUGGGUGCUGUUAAGAUUGGAAAACAGGUUCAUGGUGUUGUGUUUAGAGCUGGGUUUGAGCAAAACCUUUUUAUACAGACAGCUUUGACUGAUUUCUAUGCCAGAACUGGUUGUAUGGAGAUGGCACAUGCACUGAUUGAUAGAAUUCCCCAACCAGAUUUGGUUCCUUGGAAUGCAUUGAUUGCUGGUUAUUCGUCGAAUGGGUUUAAUUGGGGAGCCUUUGAUGUUUUCAGAGAGAUUAUUUUUAUGGAUUUGAAGCCAAAUUUAAGCACUCUGGCGAGCAUUAUUCCGGUUUGCACUCGUUUGGGGUGUAUUCAUACUGGUAAAUCCCUCCAUUGCUUUGCUGUAAAAUCUGGAUACUUGUUCAAUGAUUUUCUUGUUCCCGCUUUAAUUUCGAUGUACGCUGGGGAUGAAGAUUUAUGCGGUGCUAUAAACUUGUUUGAUUCUGUACUGGAAAAGAAUGUUGUUGUUUGGAAUGCUAUGAUUUCUGCCUACACACAAAGGCAGAAGGCCAUGUCAGCUUUCAAGAUGUUCCGAUGUAUGCUUCGAGUUGGCACACAGCCUAAUUUGAUCACUUUCGUGUCCAUUAUUCCCUCCUGUGAGAAUUCCAGCAGCCUCGAUUUUGGUGAAUCACUUCAUGCUGGUGUAAUUAAGCAUGGGUCAGAAAAUCAACUUCCAAUACUAACAGCCCUUGUAUCAAUGUAUGCCAAGCUUGGUAAUAUUAAUUCAUCCAGGUAUCUUUUUGAGCAGACGCCCAGUAAAAACCUUCUUAUGUGGAAUUCAAUGAUUUCUGGGUACGUGUACAACGGGCUAUGGGAUUUAAGUCUCGAUGUAUUUCGGAAAAUGCAGUUUUCAGGAUUUGAUUCAGAUGCAGUCUCCGUAGUUAGUAUUCUUUCUGCAUGCUCCAAACUUGAGGCUGAUUUGCUGGGGAGGUCUGCACAUGCAUUUAGCAUUAGAAAGGGUAGCCACUCAAACCUCAAUCUGUCAAAUGCACUGUUGGCAUUUUACUCUGGUUGUCAUCACCUCUCCUAUGCAGUUACUUUGUUUCAUAAAAUGCCUAUACGAAAUGCCAUAACAUGGAAUACGUUAAUAUCAAGUUGUGUGCACCAUGGAGAAAUGGAAAAGGCGGUUCCCAUUUACCACCAGAUGCAGAAGGAGGGCUUCAAGUUGGACUUGGUCACCCUGAUAAGCAUACUCCCUAGUUUCAGCGAGAAGGAAAACUUAGGGCAAGGAAUGGCUAUCCAUGGUUACGCUAUAAAAGACGGGUUCUCUUCUGAUAUUUCUAUGGUUAAUUCACUCAUUAGCAUGUAUUGUAACUGUAGAGACCUUGAUGCUGGUAGGUUACUUUUUGAAGUCAUGCCAAAAAGGAGUUUGGUGUCUUGGAAUGCUCUGAUGACUGGCAUCCGAUACCACAAUUUACAGAAAAAGGUUUUGGUCUUGUUGGGUGAAAUGAUGAAGAGUGGUGAGAGACCAAACUCUGUAACUUUGCUAAAUUUAUUGGCUGCAUGCUACACACAAUUACAAGGUAAGUCUAUCCACUCUGUGGCCGUUAUUUCAGGAAUUGUACAAGAAACCCCUCUCCUUACAUCACUUAUGCUCAUGUAUGCUAGAUUUGACAACACAAAUUCAUGUCUCUUACUCUUCCAAAUGGGAAAUAUGGGGGAUAUUUCUUUGUGGAAUGCCAUUAUUUCUGUGCACAUACGAACAAAAAAUAGCAUAAUUGCAGUUGCCUCGUUCUCUGAUUUACUUCAGAUGGGAUUCGAACCUGACAAUGUAACAGUUCUGAGUUUAAUUUCUGCAUGUGUUCAAUUAAGUAGCCUCAGCCUUGCUCAUUCUGUAAUGGCUUACAUCAUAAGAAAGGGCUUUGACAAAGAUCUGCUCAUCAGUAAUGCCCUAAUCGAUUUGCAUGCAAAAUGUGGCAACAUAUUGGUUGCAAGAAAGCUGUUCGAUGGUUUGGUUGAAAAAGAUGAAGUGUCUUGGAAUGUGAUGAUCAAUGGAUAUGGCUUGCAGGGGGAUGGUGAAGAUGCCAUUGAUCUUUUCUUGCAGAUGAAACUGUCAGGAACAAAACCUAAUGGCAUCACUUAUUCAAGUAUUUUAUCAGCCUGCAGCCACUCUGGCUUGGUUGAGCAAGGCCGCAUGAUAUACAAUUCCAUGGCAGAACAUGGGAUAUCACCCAAAAUGGAGCACUAUGCUUGCAUGGUGGACCUUCUCGGAAGAACAGGCAACUUGACUGAAGCUUAUGGCAUUGUUAAAAAACUUCCCUGUAAACCUUCAACAAGUAUACUUGAGUCUUUGCUGGGUGCUUGUAGAAUCCAUGGAAAUGUUGAACUUGGAGAAAAAAUUAGUGAGAUGCUAUCUAAAUUGGACCCAGAAAAUUCAAGAUCACAUGUGAUGCUUCACAAUAUCUAUGCAGCAACUGGGAGGUGGGCAGACGCUGAAAGGGUGAGAUCUGAGAUGGAAGAUAGACAACUGAGGAAAGUACCUGGAUUUAGUCUUCUCUCAUAA